AUGCUCAAGGAUUCCAAGCGGGAAUCCUCCAGGCGCGUGCUGAAGUUGCUACGAACCGGGAUAAAACCCCAGUUCGUCGGGACGGCAGAGGCCGACCGCAAGAAAAUCGAGCAAGUCCGCGCAACGCUCGCGCGGGAAUCAGCCCCCAGGAAGGAAGUAGAGGCAAAGCUUACCGGCAGGGUUCCCCAAGAGGUGGAAUUCAAAAACCACCGAUCAUGCUACGAAAAUGCGAGCUUAGGAGUACGGGAGGUGGUGAAGAUGGUCGUAAACAGAACCCUGGAGGUGUACGGGCCGAAGGACGGCAAGCCGAAAGUGGUGAAUCCGUUGGGCGUGGAGUUUAAGUACGAGACUCUGCGCGAGGUCCUGACCUUCCUCACAAACGGGGCCUACUUCUCGACGUGGGAUUUCAAAGCGGGGUACUAUCACGUCCUCAUCCACCCCGCCUACCGAAAGUACUUCGGCAUAAAAGUGGGAGAAGUCUACAUGCACUAUAACGUCAUGUGCUUUGGUUGGUCCGAAGCGUGCUACUUGUACACACUCCUAACGCAAGAAGCAGCCAAGGAGCUCCGAAUCCGGUCGGUGCCUGUCUCCAGCUACUUGGACGACGGGCUCACAGGGAGCGCGGACUUCUGGAGGGCCGUCUGGGAAACCGUUUUCGGGGUUAAGGUCCUAACCCUGCUUGGGGCGGUCUUCAGCAUACCCAACCGGCCUUUUUUCGCGGCCAUCCAAGGGAAGCUGUCGUGGGACGACGUCUUCCCAACGCUGCAAGCGGCAAGGGCAGCCGCCCAGCUCUUCAUCGACAAUUUGCCCGCGUGGAACGGCCGCGCUUGGUUCCCACGUCGGGUCGCGGUCGAAGCCGGUUCGGACGCGUCCGAUACAGGGUUUGGCGGAACCAUACGGGUUCCAGGGGCGCAGAAAAUCGCUGUGGUAGGUUCGCUCUCGGAAGAGGAGCGCCUGAUCUCCAGCACUGCCAGGGAGACGCUCGCUUUCGUACGGGUGCUGAGAGAGGCCCUUGACCGCGCGGGCGACGCGCUUCGGGGGGGCGCGGUGCUGCUGACGGGGAAUAACCAGAGCGCGGUUAGUGCUGUAAACGCGAUGAACAGCCGCACCCCGGACGUCAACGCAGCGCUGCACCAGCUCUUCGAGCUGUGCGUGCGGGGUGAUUCGAUGUCAUCGCCCAGUGGAAGCCGCGCGCGGAGCUGCAAGAGGAGGACGAUCUGA